AUGCCCCACGAGGCGGACUCGCCGGCUGUCCGCCGCCGCAGGCUGAGCAACGAAAGCCGGCGGAGUGGGCCGGGGAAGGAGGAUCUGAGUCGCAAGAGGAAGAGACGUAUCCUCUCGUGCGACACGUGUCGGAGGCAGAAGUGUCGGUGUGAGCUUGACGAGGAGUCGGAGACUUGUGCGCGGUGCCGCUCGCUGAGAAUCACAUGUACGUGGAACGACAGCGGCGACACGCAUUCAGCUUCUUCCCGUGAGACGCCAAGCAAGCCUGAUAUCGAAGGAAGGUUCCGAAGCCUAGAGGCAUCGAUAGUUGACCUCAAGGCGACGAUACAGAUGCUUGCUUCCGGAAGCCGGCCUGAUGUUAGAAGGACCUUGGCGACUGACCGACAGGAACGACCGCAUCAACCGCGGCCACAUCCGGCACAUGCGGACCAGGACAGCAACGAAGGCUGCGACGCCUCCAAGGCGCCUGGAAAGGAGGAUGUCGAGCCAGCGGACCGGCACGUCUAUUCGUCCCCGGCGGAAGUUGUGCGGAAAGUUGGAAAUCAGCUGAGCGGAGGGUAUCGAAGGACGUUUGAUGUUCAGGCGGACGUCGUGUCGUUGGGUCUUUUGGAUGACAAGACGGCUCGUGACCUGGUUGCUGAAUUUGUACGCCGUCGACGGAACACUCUCCUUAUCAAUAGCGAGGUUGAUCUCGCCCCAAAAAAUAGGGACCUCCGGCACGCGUCGCCUUUCCUGCACGAUGUAUGCUGCCUGCACGCGAUGCGUUUCUCCGAGCACAGCUCGUCGGUGCUCCACCGGCGCGUGUUUGAGCACGUGAGACUGCAGAUGGGCCAGCUGAUGGUUGCAAGCCCACUGCCCCUGGAGGAGUUGAUGGGUAUCUUGAUCAUGAGCCUGUGGGCUUCAGCGCCGUCGGACUUUGGUGCGGUGAGUGCAGGUUGGGCUGACACAACGGUAGCAGGGUCCCGAAUACAUCGACAGUUGGUUGGUCAGCGGGCACUGCGCACAGCAAGCAAUGCUGAGCAUCAAUUUCUCGGAAAUACUAUCGAGAACCAAAUACAGGACGUCGACGGCAGAGGAUCAGAGGGUCAUGAGGCUUUGGUCCAAUACCUGCCUGAGAAGCCCCCGAACAAGUUGAGAUCUUAUCUACAUUGGGCGGCGACUACUAGUCGACCGGCAACUGUGCCCGCCGCGUACCUCCAGCAGUGCAAACUCUUGCUCAACUUUGAGGAAGUGACGAUGAGAGAUGCCAUGGUGUAUGCUGAGAUCAUGCUAUACCUUUUGCUGCAAGAUAAGUUCUCGCAGAGGCUGUACCUGAGCGGUGACGGCACAUGCGAGGAACUUUCCGCGUGGAAGACAAGGUGGAACUAUUUGUUUGAACUUCCUGCCGCCUCGACGUUGAGAAUAAGCUACUCGAUCGCAUGGCUGAUCCUUGCCCGUCGUUCACUCGAACACGACCAGGCCGCACCGGACCACGACUCCUUGUCGAGCUCGCCGAGGUUGCACCCGGUUGACGCCGCGGCGAACAACGGAGCUCACAGCCAGCCGAGCUCGCAGGGUCCUCCCGACGUGACGCAGUUCCGUGUCAGUGCCUUCGCGACGGACGUUGUUCGGGCGUUUGUCGACAUGCCGACCUCUCGCGCCGAGGAGCUGCCCGAAUUUCACCGUCUGUGCGUGGCAUACGCAAUGCUUAUUAUCUCGAAGUACGAGCAGAAGCCGUCGCUGACGAUGGGGGGCUCGCCGUCCGGCCAAGACGAUGUGGUGUUGCAGCUGCUACGCGACGCGCAGAAACACAACGGCGUCAAGGGGAAUAGCGCACCGUCGGCAAUACAAUUCGGGCUGGAGAGGGCGCUGAAGAAGGUCUCUUCCCGGGUCGAGGGACGCUCCUCCAGAGCCGGGGCUGAUGUCGGGUCCGAGGCCCUCGGGGGUAACAAUGGGUCGCUCGGGGCGGAAUUGUCCUUGUCGGGAGCGGCGGUGGCGGCUGGCCCAACCUGGGCGCAAACAACGCAAGACCAGCAAGGGGACACGCCGGGGCAACAGCACGAGCAUCCUUCUUCCCAUUUCACGGGGGCAACGCUGGUCCCAGAGUUUGACGGAUCUCUUUCCUUGGAGACGAUGGAUUUCUUUUUCAGCGGUGGGCACCUCGGGCUCGGAGACCAAUCGUUCUUCUGA